CUUCCGGGUCAUGGGCCGCUUUCCUACCUGGAAACGGGCUCUUCCGUUUUAGAAGAGCUGGAGCCGCGAUUUCCCCACUAACCAAUGUCAGGAGAUGGCGAUGGCACCAUUAGAAGUCCCUCUGAGGGAUCUCUGUCAGGAAUUGAGGUCCUGUCAGAUCAGCCAAAGUAUGUCUGCACACUGUCUGCUGAGCUUGUUGCCAAGGCACGUGAAGAGCUGCAGGAAAAACCUGAAUGGCGGCUUCGAGAUGUUCAAGCCCUCAGAGACAUGGUGUGCAAAGACUAUCCUAACCUGGGAACAUGUCUAGAUGAUGCUUUCUUGCUCAGGUUCCUUAGAGCCAGGAAGUUUGACUAUGAUCGGGCACUUCAGCUUCUUGUAAACUACCACUGCUGUAGAAGGAGUUGGCCUGAGGUCUUCACUAACCUGAAACCAUCUUCUAUACAAGCUGUUUUAGAAUCUGGCUUUGUCACUGUGCUUUCUCAAUUAGAUGCUGAAGGACGCCAUGUUGUCUGCAUUCGCCCAGACAGAUGGACACCAAGCAACUACCCAAUUACUGAAAAUAUUCGUGCCGUAUACUUAACAUUAGAAAAGCUCAUUCAGUCUGAGGAGACCCAGGUGAAUGGAAUUGUAAUCCUUGCAGACUACAAAGGAGUCAGCUUAUCUAAGGCAUCUCAUUUUGGUCCUUUUAUAGCCAAAAAAGUGAUUGGAAUACUUCAGGAUGGCUUCCCUAUUAGGAUAAAAGCUGUCAAUAUCAUAAAUGAACCCCGCAUAUUCAAGGGCAUUUUUGCCAUCAUCAAACCUUUCCUAAAAGAGAAAAUAGCAAAUCGGUUUUUUCUUCACGGGUCAGACUUGAGUUCUCUUCAUCACAACCUUCCACCGCGGAUCCUCCCUGAAGAAUAUGGAGGCACUGCAGGGAAGCUGGACAUCUCUACCUGGAAUGAGUUGCUGCUGGCCUCGGAGGAUGACUUCCUGUAUGAUGUCUCUCACCUGGCUCUCUCCAGUGACUGUACACCUCAUGACCCAUUAAUGAGUGGAGAGAUAGAUGAGAAGCAGUGUGAUGACUCUUUGCGAAGCUUGAAAACCCAGCUCUAUUCUUGCUAUUAGCAUACUAGUUAAAGCUUCUAAAAGGUCACCUUCCUGCUCACAAAGGGAUUAGGAACUCCCCCUUGUUCCUAAGGCUGUAGCCUAUAUGUAGAGACAGCUGAGGCACUUUACAUUGGAACCAAAGUAAAUUAAAAAGUAGAAGCCAAGGAGCGAGGUGAAGUUGUGUGACGGAUCGGUGCUGUUUGGACCAGCUUGAGCGUUUUGUGGUUCAUUGACCCUUUGCAAAAGCAGCAUCCCUCUGAGAUUAAAUGUCACACUUGAGUGGAAAUUAAGGAACUUUGCUAAAACCAAGCUCCUAAGCACAAUUUCUUGAAAGUAAGUUGCAUUAACAUUACUCAGACUUGCUUUCAAAUAAACAAGUUUAGGGUCAAAGCACUAGGUCAGCUUUCCCCAACCUGAUGCCAUCGAGAUGUUUUGGACUACUAUUCCCAAGAUUUCUGACCUUUGGCCAUACUGGCUGGAACUGAUGGAACUUGAUGUCUAUAACAUCUGGGUAGCACCAGGUUGGUGGAGGUUGCCUUAGAUUCUCUCUCAGGCAGAAAGAGGUAAAAUGGCUUACAAGUUUGGCAGUGCAGAAAUCUCGUAAUGGAUUGUGCUGUCCCGUUUUGUGGAAAAAGAAACAAAUAGUGUGGACCGCGUGAUAUGAGGAUAAUUUACUAUUUUAUGGCAGCUGAAGCUUCUAAUCCAAGAAAUACCCUUGGGCUGUCAUCUUGAUACUUUUAUAUACUGGUUAUUGCUACCCCUAACAUUAAGUUCUUUCCACACUCAUAGAAUUAUGUCUCCUGUAGAGAGUGUUACUACUGAGGUGGAAAGCCUUUGACUUGAAUCUUGCAGGAGGAGUUAGAAAAUGCAGUGGUUAUCACUAAAGCUCAAUGAAAGCACAUACGCAUUCUGCCUAAUAGAAAGCAUCAAACCGUCUGUGAAUCUACUUUAUACCCAUACUUGAACUUGUUCAACAGAGAGAGCCAACAACAAAGGACAGAGAUAGCUUUGCAUAACUCAGCUGUCGGUUAGUACCCUGCCUUAUUAAAGUAGGUCUGGUGGGGGGUAAUACAGAAAUCAUUGAUAGCGGUAGAUGUCUGUCUAGUAAGGGAAAGCUUCUUGUUUAGAUACCUUUAUUUUUUGGAGAUAGAAUUUUUGAGCUAGUCUCUGUAAACCAAAUGUAGGCAGGGUAGUUUACAAGCACAAUAUCCAGUUUGUAAAUGUUUUUCCCCCUCCGCUCCCGUUCAGUGUGGUGUUUGGUCACUUGGACCUCAGUGCUGUUUUAGCUUGGCUUCCUUUGCUAAGACCACUUUCAGUCUUGUCUGUAGAGUCACCCUUUUCAAUAUAAGUUAGUGCUUUAGGUCUUCCUUUAUUGGUAGUUUAACUUUCUUAAGAUGUGUGUUCUGUCUUUGAGUUCCAUAGUAUUCAACUAUCUCUUAUUUCAUUCUCUUGGGUUAUAAACUUUGAGCCCAUUCUUCACAUUUACUAUAGGCUGAAACCUUAAUGGGGCUCUGGACCCCUGGCUUGCUGUUUCAUGCAUAUAGGGCAGCAGGUCAACUUACCACCACCUCAUCUUACAGCACUUUUUAAAUGGUUGGAACUAUUUGUGGAAACUUACGUAGUGCCAACUAAGACCAGACACUGGUGCUUAUUGUAAAUAUGGAAUAAGGUCUUCAGCAGGUGGACCGUUGUAUUGUCAGUGCCAAACUUGUAUUUUAUUUUUCUAAAUCACGUAACCACUUGCCUCUGUAUUACCAAAAGGUGAGGCAACUUUGCCAGUGCUGCUGUGCUUAACCUAGAAUUUCCGCUUUGAGUAUAUAUAAUGUGUGGUUUGUUAACUACCAAAACAGGCCAUGGAAUCUGUUUAAUGCCUACUACCAGUCUCCUUUGCAGUUGCAGAUUAGAUACAGCAGAUCAUAUCCCUUCUCAAAGCUUUGUAUUUGGAGUUUUCCUACAUGGAUAUACUUAAAUGUAAAUUGCUUUUUCCUAUUUUGAGUCACUGACACUGGAUACACGUCUCUGUACUAGAAUGCAGAAAAUGUAGGAAACUGCAUUUGUUACUUCUGUUCAUGGCAGUGAAAAAUAUGUGAUGUGCAUCCUUUCUUCUAUUGGAAACAAUGUCCAUGUAGAAAAAUUGAAGUAGUUUGGCUGUAACUGAACUAACCUUUGAAGUUUCACUGAUCAAACAUGCUAGAAAUCAUGGUGGCUUUUCCCUGAAACGUCUCAUCUGAACAUGGGCUCAUAAUUUAUGGGGAAGCUGUUGUAAACAGACUUCACCUGUUCCUCAUAUCCUUUUUUUCUGUGAGUAAAUGAGUAGCAGGUCUCAAAUGGUACUGAUUGCUAAUAUUAUGCAGAAAAUGUUAUCAGCCGACUACAUUUUACUUCAUUACCUUUUCCUCAGUAAAGGAAUUUGACAUCGUUCUGUAAAUAACUUAAGCAGAAGAGUCCAGGCGGCUAUAUAUAUAUAUAUAUAUAUAUAUCCCCUGCAAAGGCUCAUGCAUUAAGUAUGUUGGGACUUCCCAUUAAUUUUAUUCUACAGGAACGAACAUUUGGUUCAGUACCUUAAGUUUUCCCCACAUGUACUUUGGAAUAACUAAAUUUAUAACACGUGUAGAGAUAUUUACUUCUAAAAGGAGCCUACUCUAAACUACGUCCCUUCUCACACUGUCCCCCACCCCCACACAGGCUCUUCUGACAUAGUUUUCUAUAAAGUCUUCACUCGCCUACUUCUGUAAUAACUGCUUUUGAGGUGUUAGGGGCAACUAAGCAAGGAGGUAGGAUAGUGUUAACACAGAUUAAAAGUUUAGGUGUUUUUGAACAGGGGAGGAAAGCUGUUAACAUAUUGUAUGUAUAUUCUGGGACUUUGGUUUUGGAGAUUGUUUGGCAGUAUUGACACUUCUGUAAAGAAUCAUUCCAAGCAGAGCAGUUGUACUAGGGGAGUACCAGGCCUUAAGCAAGACACAGUGGUAACUUAUUACAAUUGUCAAAUUGCCUUUAUCUACAUAGGAAGUAGAACAAUGAUCACUAUAAAUAAAAAUACUUGAAUUUAUACUAUGGGCUGAACAAGCAUCUGUAAAGCCUGAGGUUUUUCCAGAGGGUGGUUGAAGUGCUUUGUUGCUAACUGUUCAGUCAGUUUUGGCAUUUGUCAGUAACUGUUUCAAAUGAAUUUGUUUUGCCUUUUCCUGUAUGUAGAAUUCAGGUGUUUGGUUAAAGUAUAUACCUUUUGAGAAUUUAUUUUUAUAUUGCACUUUAUAAAAUGAACCGUUUAAGUGUAACUUUAUGCAUGAAUGGAUAUUAAACAAUCCUACUUUAAAA